AAAAAAAAAAAAAAAAAAAAUUGUAUAUUUACCAUCACUGUUGCCAUGACCACUCAAAAACCAACUCAUUUCCUAGAUUCGUUUUAUGCUGAGGCAUAUGAAAAACUCUUUCUCGCAGACUUUUUUAUUACUGAGGAGCCACGUAACUGGAAUGCAAUCGCUUAUCUCAUGCAGCUUGUACAAAAAGAUCCUACGAUUUCCACUCGAAGCGGAAACAAAGCUCUCUCACAAGAUGUCAAAAGAAUGCAAGCUUAUGUUAUAUCUGGUACAAUAGCAAAUACAAUGCUGCACCAAAUGGAUAAUGCUUUAAAAUCUGCAAAAGGAAAAUCAGCUAUCAGUGAGUUUUGGAAAAACUCGGCUUCUAUUGCUUCAACUUCUAUUAGAUAUGAAAGAUCUAAGUAUCAAUUACAUGGACAAAUGGCCGAAGAGAUUGUCAGAGAAGGCGAAAACAGAAGUAGAAAAAGACAACGAGUACAAGAUAGGGAGUUGAUGGAAGACAACGAAGCAGAAGGUACACAAGAUCAUGGUGACACUGAAGACACUCCUAAGAGUGGUGAUGAAAAAGAAGACAAAAAAGAAGUCGACAGUAUCUGGGAAUCCUGGAAAACACUGUUGAAAACAAUAAGGGAAUCCACUGUUUUACCAGCCUUAAGUCCUGAAUCACACAAUGUAAUUUGGUGUGGUAAACAAGUUCUUCGCAGACUAGUACUCCCUGUAGAUCUUUUCCAAGAGCUAAACAAUCAAGUUCCAAAUAUCACAAUACAAUUAGUCGAUCGUGCUUUAAAACAGAUGUUAUAUGACGCACUCGAUACAAAUAACAAAGAAGACUGGCUUGUAAAAAUCAAAACAUUCCGAAACUACAACAGCGAAGCCGAUUUAACUGCCAGAAGAGAUUUGAUGGUUUCCAUUUUUAAUAUAUUUUCUAAUCUUUACGAUGGUGCAUCAGAAACCUUAUCAUCAUCAGAAAGCUGCCUGAGAUACUACAUAAUCGAUCCAUUGUUACAGGCAUGCAGCAAGUACUUAAAGGACCAUAACAACGACGUAACUUUUUAUCCUGGAGAAAUUGAACUAAAAGCUAUGACAAUUCAACUAAAAGACCAGGGGAUCACAGAUAAACGUCUUAAAUACAAUGCAGACGGUACAAUUCUGUUCAACAGAAUCUCCACUGAAAUAUUACUGUCUGAAGUAUCUUCAGCAUUUGCUGAAAAUAGCAAAGCUAAAACUUCUUUUGACCAUUACAAAGCUAUGUUUGGCCUCCUGAUGAUGCUAAAAACAAUUGCUCGAAGGUACAAAUAUGCUAGCUUUAAUACUUUCAAAGAAUUGAAGGUUCACUUCAUCCACACCCAUAACCAAGCAAUACGCCAUUGGACAAUGUCCACACCUUCCCCUGGUUUGUUUUUAAUGAACAAAGAACAAAAGGUGGACAUAAUGGAAAAGUUUGAAGAAAAAACAGAAGGUAUUAUGCCUUUUAUGACCUUCUCUAUUAGUUUGGGGGUAUCGUUGGAGGAGUCUUUGCAUACCCUUUCAAUGUUGAGUGAAGAGCACAAACAAGCAUUGAAGGAAGCCUCUUGCGAAGGUAGUACCAAUGAAAACACCUCUCCUGCCUCUCUUCUUGACUUGGUCAAUCCUGUCCUUGUUCGUUUAAACGAGAACAAGCAUAAAGAUGAGGUGGCUGAAGAUGGCCCACAAAUCCCCAGUUCUUAAAUGUAUUUUUAUAAUAAAUUUCAUGUUCCAU